AUGGGAAUCGAUCUCUCCGCCAUCACCCCGGGACCAGGCGGCACAGUCAUGCUAGGCGAAGGAGGCGGAAUUGAGGCCGCCGUCCGCCGUGGCCGGGAACGUCUUCGACGAGAAGCCCUGGAACGAGAGAAAGCCGGCGCUCAAAACGACACGAUGUCCGAAUCCACACUGGUCCUGGCCUCGGAAACGAACAAGGCAAUCAACCCUGAGCCAAAAAAGGACGAGUCGAAAGAGUCUGGUAGUGGCGGAUUUAAGAGUCGCUGGCGCGAAUGGUCUCAGAGACACAUGCCUUGA